AUGGGCCGUCCAACCAGUCCUUCGUCAGCAACGCUCAGCCAGGCAGCAGAGGCUGUGAGGAGCAGCAGGGAACUGUGGACAAUUCUGCUUGGAAGGUCAGCUCUGAGAGAGCUGAAUCAGAUUGAGGCAGAACUGAAUAAACAUUGGCAGCGGCUCUUAGAGGGGCUGUCCUACUAUAAACCUCCCAGUCCAAAUUCAGCUGAAAAAGUGAAAGCUAAUAAAGAUGUGGCUUCACCAUUGAAGGAACUGGGUUUAAGAAUCAGCAAGUUUUUGGGUCUUGAUGAAGAACAGAGUGUGCAGUUGCUCCAGUGUUACCUUCAAGAGGAUUAUAGAGGUACUCGGGACUCACUAAAGACGGUACUGCAAGACGAGAGGCAGAGCCAGGCCUUAAUCCUGAAGAUUGCAGAUUAUUACUAUGAAGAAAGAACCUGUAUUCUUCGUUGUGUCUUACACCUUCUCACUUAUUUCCAAGAUGAAAGACACCCCUAUAGGGUUGAAUAUGCAGACUGUGUUGAUAAAUUGGAGAAGGAACUAGUCACAAAAUACAGACAGCAGUUCGAAGAGCUUUAUAAAACUGAAGCACCAACUUGGGAGACACAUGGAAACCUCAUGACUGAGCGCCAGGUAUCUCGCUGGUUUGUUCAGUGCCUUCGGGAACAGUCCAUGCUGCUAGAAAUUAUUUUCCUUUAUUAUGCAUACUUUGAGAUGGCACCUAGUGACCUGUUGGCAUUAACCAAGAUGUUUAAAGAGCAAGGAUUUGGUAGUAGGCAGACCAACAGGCACCUGGUGGAUGAGACCAUGGACCCUUUCGUGGAUAGGAUUGGCUACUUCAGUGCCCUUAUCCUGGUGGAAGGCAUGGAUAUUGAAUCCUUGCAUAAGUGUGCUUUGGAUGACAGAAGAGAACUGCACCAGUUUGCCCAGGACGGGCUUAUUUGUCAGGAUAUGGACCGUUUGAUGUUGACCUUCGGGGACAUUCCACACCAUGCCCCAGUGCUUUUGGCCUGGGCUCUUCUCCGUCACACCCUGCAUCCAGAAGAGACCAGCAGCGUUGUCCGAAAGAUAGGCGGCACAGCCAUCCAGCUGAACGUAUUUCAGUACUUGACCCGACUGCUCCGCUCGCUGGCCAGUGGGGGAAAUGAUUGUACCACCAGCACCGCGUGCAUGUGUGUGUAUGGACUGCUCUCUUUCGUUCUCACCUCGCUGGAGCUGCACACACUGGGCAACCAGCAGGAUGUAAUUGACACAGCAUGUGAAGUCCUGGCAGAUCCUUCUCUUCCAGAACUAUUCUGGGGAACAGAGCCAACCUCUGGGCUCGGGAUCAUUCUGGACAGUGUAUGUGGGAUGUUUCCCCAUCUCCUCUCCCCACUCCUCCAGUUGCUACGAGCCCUCGUAUCAGGAAAGUCUACUGCCAAAAAGGUGUAUAGUUUCUUGGAUAAGAUGUCUUUCUACAAUGAACUUUACAAGCACAAGCCCCAUGAUGUGAUCUCCCACGAAGAUGGAACUCUCUGGCGGAGGCAAACGUCCAAACUCCUUUACCCUCUUGGGGGUCAGACCAACCUUCGCAUACCUCAGGGCACAGUAGGCCAAGUAGUGCUGGACGACAGGGCUUACCUGGUACGCUGGGAGUACUCUUACAGUAGCUGGACCCUCUUUACCUGCGAGAUUGAAAUGCUGUUGCAUGUUGUUUCCACUGCAGAUGUGAUCCAGCACUGCCAGCGGGUCAGACCCAUCAUUGAUCUGGUCCAUAAGGUCAUCAGCACAGAUCUGUCCAUAGCAGACUGUCUCUUGCCCAUCACAUCCCGUAUCUACAUGCUGCUACAGCGGCUAACGACAGUAAUCUCUCCACCGGUGGAUGUCAUUGCUUCUUGUGUCAAUUGCUUGACUGUUUUGGCUGCCCGGAACCCUGCAAAGGUCUGGACUGAUCUUCGUCACACAGGCUUUUUACCAUUCGUGGCCCACCAAGUCUCCAGCAUGAGUCAGAUGAUUAGUGCGGAGGGGAUGAAUGCUGGAGGGUACGGAAACCUCUUGAUGAAUAGUGAGCAGCCCCAGGGCGAGUACGGGGUCACUGUUGCCUUUCUACGCUUGAUCACCACUCUUGUCAAGGGGCAGCUUGGGAGUACCCAGAGCCAAGGGCUGGCGCCCUGUGUCAUGUUUGUGCUGAAGGAGAUGCUUCCUGGCUACCACAAGUGGCGCUACAACACCCAUGGUGUGAGGGAACAGAUUGGUUGCCUGAUCCUGGAGUUGAUUCAUGCAAUACUGAACCUGUGCCAUGAGGCAGACCUGCACAGCAGUCACAGCCCCAGCCUGCAGUCUCUCUGCAUCUGCAGCCUGGCCUACACAGAAGCGGGACAGACAGUCAUCAAUAUCAUGGGCAUCGGUGUGGACACCAUCGACAUGGUGAUGGCUGCUCAGCCCCGCAGUGAUGGGGCAGAGGGCCAGGGGCAGGGCCAGCUGCUGAUCAAGACAGUGAAACUGGCAUUCUCCGUCACCAACAAUGUUAUUCGGCUGAAACCUCCUUCUAAUGUGGUGUCCCCCCUGGAACAGGCUCUCACACAGCAUGAGAAUGGUGCCCAUGGGAACAACCUCAUUGCUGUUCUUGCCAAAUACAUCUACCACAAACAUGAUCCUGCUUUGCCACGUCUUGCCAUCCAGCUGUUGAAACGUCUGGCCACGGUGGCCCCAAUGUCAGUGUACGCCUGCCUGGGCAAUGAUGCGGCUGCCAUUCGAGAUGCCUUCCUGACCCGACUGCAGAGCAAGAUUGAGGACAUGCGCAUCAAAGUCAUGAUUCUGGAGUUCCUCACGGUUGCAGUAGAGACUCAGCCAGGCCUCAUUGAACUGUUUCUGAAUCUGGAGGUGAAGGAUGGCAGCAAUGGCUCCAAGGAAUUCAGCCUUGGGGUAUGGAGCUGUCUCCACGCCGUGCUGGAGCUGAUCGAUUCCCAGCAGCAGGACCGCUACUGGUGUCCGCCCCUGCUGCAUCGUGCGGCCAUUGCCUUUCUGCAUGCCCUGUGGCAGGACCGGCGGGACAGUGCCAUGCUGGUCCUCAGAACUAAACCCAAAUUUUGGGAGAACUUAACCAGUCCGCUGUUUGGAACCCUUUCUCCUCCCUCAGAAACAUCUGAGCCCAGCGUCCUGGAAACCUGUGCCCUCAUCAUGAAGAUAAUUUGCUUGGAAAUAUACUAUGUAGUUAAGGGCUCUUUAGAUCAGUCUUUAAAAGAUACACUUAAGAAAUUUUCCAGCGAGAAACGCUUUGCCUACUGGUCAGGAUAUGUCAAGUCAUUGGCAGUUCACACAGCAGACACGGAGGGCAGCAGCUGCACCUCCCUGGUAGAGUAUCAGAUGCUCGUCUCUGCCUGGAGGAUGCUCCUCAUCAUCGCCACCAGUCAUGCAGAGGUAAUGCACCUGACUGACCCUGCAGUGCGUCGCCAGCUCUUUCUUGACGUGCUUGAUGGGACCAAAGCAUUACUCCUGGUCCCCACCUCAGUGAACUGCCUCCGCCUUGGAUCCAUGACGUGCACUCUGCUGCUUAUCCUCCUCCGGCAGUGGAAGAGGGAGUUAGGUUCUGUGGAUGAAAUCCUUGGGCCCUUGACGGAGAUCCUGGAGGGAGUGCUACAGGCAGACCAGCAACUCAUGGAGAAGACCAAGGCCAAGGUGUUCUCAGCAUUCAUCACAGUGUUGCAGAUGAAGGAGAUGAGAGUGAGUGACAUCCCCCAGUACUCCCAGCUGGUGCUGAAUGUCUGUGAGACCCUCCAGGAAGAGGUAAUUGCUCUCUUCGACCAGACCCGCCAUAGUCUGGCGUCAGGUGGUGCCACAGAGGACAAGGACAGCAUGGAGACUGAUGACUGCUCGAGGCCCCGGCACAAGGACCAGCGUGAUGGGGUGUGUGUCCUGGGCCUGCACCUGGCCAAGGAGCUGUGUGAGGUGGACGAAGACGGUGACUCAUGGCUCCAGGUGACUCGCAGGCUCCCCAUCCUGCCAACCCUCCUCACCACUCUGGAGGUGAGCCUUCGCAUGAAGCAGAACCUGCAUUUCACCGAGGCAUCAUUGCACCUGCUCCUCACUCUGGCUCGCACCCAGCAGGGAGCCACAGCAGUAGCUGGGGCUGGCAUCACCCAGAGCAUUUGUCUGCCCCUCCUGAGCGUGUACCAGCUUAGCUCCAAUGGGACAGUGCAGACGCCUAGCACCUCUCGGAAGUCUCUGGAUGCCCCCUCUUGGCCGGGGGUCUACCGCCUCUCCAUGUCCUUGAUGGAGCGGCUCCUCAAAACUCUGCGCUACAACUUCCUGACCGAGGCCCUGGACUUCGUGGGUGUUCACCAGGAGCGGACCUUACAGUGCCUCAGUGCGGUGAGGACAGUACAGAGUCUGGCCUGCCUGGAGGAGGCAGACCACACUGUGGGCUUCAUUCUGCAGCUCUCCAACUUCAUGAAGGAAUGGCACUUCCACCUGCCUCAGCUUAUGCGAGAUGUCCAGGUAAACCUGGGCUACCUGUGCCAGGCCUGCACCUCCCUCCUGCACAGCCGCAAGAUGCUGCAGCACUGCUUGCAGAACAAAAACGGGGACGGCAUCCCCUCGGCUGUCGCCCCCCGAGUUCAGCGGCUGCCCGCUGCUGCCGCUGCCGCCCCCUCCUGCUCUUCUAAGCAGCCCGCUGCUGACACGGAGGCCUCGGAGCAGCGAGCCUUACACACGGUCCAGUACGGACUUCUCAAGAUCCUUAGCAGGACCCUGGCGGCUCUGCGCCACUUCACCCCAGACGUCUGCCAAAUCCUGCUGGAUCAGUCCCUGGACCUUGCUGAAUACAACUUCCUCUUUGCCCUGAGCUUCACCACUCCCACCUUUGACUCAGAAGUGGCCCCCUCCUUCGGGACCCUUCUGGCCACGGUGAAUGUGGCCCUAAACAUGCUUGGAGAGCUGGACAAGAAAAAGGAGCCCCUCACCCAGGCCGUGGGGCUCAGCACACAGGCGGAAGGGACCAGAACGCUGAAGUCCCUCCUGAUGUUCACCAUGGAAAACUGCUUCUACCUGCUCAUCUCCCAGGCCGUGCGCUACCUUAGGGACCCGGCCGUGCAUCCCCGGGACAAGCAGCGGAUGAAACAGGAGCUCAGCUCGGAGUUGAGCACGCUGCUCUCCAGCCUCUCACGUUACUUCCGCCGGGGAGGCCCCAGCUCCCCCGCUGCCGGCGUCCUCCCCUCGCCUCAGGGCAAGUCCACCUCGCUCUCCAAGGCCAGCCCGGAGAGCCAGGAGCCUCUGAUCCAGCUAGUGCAGGCCUUCGUGCGGCACGUGCAAAGAUAG